AGAUAAAAACGCACACACAGACCCCUUUAACCGCGGGGGUCUCGCGAGAGCAUCAGUGCGAGAUCUCGCAGGCCUGUUGUGUCUGACGGUGGACCGUCGCUGCGUGGGGGUUUUCGCUUGAUGUCAUCGGGAAAGACGCGAGAGCUGCGUUUCCUCCGCCGCUUCUCAUGCUCCCGCCGCGUCCUCCGCUCGCUUCUCCACACACCGCCGCGGUUCUCCGGCAGGGUUUGCCCGGGUUUUCGGGGAUGAGGCUGAUGCGGCGGCGCUGCUGCUGUGCUCGCGCUCGGCAGAUCGUCGUGCAGAUGCGCGCGCAGCUGAGCAGAAAGAUGGACCACAACACCGUCGACUAAAAGCGGCCACAAAACCACUCCGUUACCGCUGAUUACACGCGUUUGACUCCCGCAGUCGAGGACUUGUCUUCCUGAUGGAUUUGUGGAGCGGCCUCCGGAUGCCAAACACACCGAGAGCAUCUGUAGCCUGUUAGCAUUAAACGAAGAAGAGCGCAGUCACCAUAUGAUGAUGAUGAUGAUGGAGGAGCUCUUCUUAUGAGGAAGAUCAGGGGCAGAUCCUCAUCUUCAGAGGGUUUGUUUUGGCCCUGGAGGCUGCUGGACUUCUAGCCAUAUCAAAGCUAGCAUAUCAUGCCGUCCAGCCCUGUUUACUGACUUCUUUGAUACACAAACACAUAGAGACAGAGACUAGCUCAGUUCUUCAUCGCAUGUCAAGAGUCCAGGUUACCUGAGAUGGAUAAACUCACCAUUAUUUCAGGAUGUCUCUUUCUGGCUGCGGAUAUUUUCGCCAUCGCCAGCAUUGCCAACCCAGACUGGAUCAACACUGGCGAGUCAGCAGGAGCUCUUACGGUGGGACUGGUGCGGCAGUGUCAGACGAUUCACGGACGAGACCGAACCUGCAUCCCGCCCCGACUGCCCCCAGAGUGGGUCACCACGCUCUUCUUCAUCAUCAUGGGCAUCAUCUCCCUCACAGUCACCUGCGGCCUACUGGUGGCCUCGCACUGGCGAAGAGAAGCCACGAAAUACGCCAGGUGGAUCGCCUUCACAGGAAUGAUCCUGUUCUGUAUGGCCGCCCUUAUAUUCCCCAUAGGAUUCUACAUCAAUGAAGUAGGAGGACAGCCAUACAAAUUACCCAACAACACGGUGGUGGGCUCCUCUUAUGUACUGUUCGUGCUCUCCAUCUUCUUCACAAUAGUGGGGCUCUUGUUUGCCGGGAAAGUGUGUCUUCCUGGCUGAGAGGACGUUCCUAGCAGGGACAGCUGGGGUGAUCCAAGCCAAGCGGACGCAAACGGCACUCAUCGACAGGGGGUGGUGUUACACGGAAAUAUCUCAUUAUACUGCAAAAACUGAAAAGACGAUCGCUGCACGCACUACAGGCGAGAGAGUGCGUCCCACCCUGUGCUUUCUUAAACCUGUGCUGUCUUUUUAAGUUUCAACCUUAAGGAUCGAGGCGAUGAUACGCGCAUGUUGGAAAGGACCGAGUGCGUCUACAGCAGUGGCUGCUUCCAGUACUACUUUACCUUGGAGUAUUGUUGCAUUAUCUUCUGUUUGUUUGUGUUUUUUUACAUCCCGCAGUUUCUCACAUGCGCCCCCUGCCUUUACAGAGAGGAACUACAGGAUUGUGGUGGAGAAUGCGGGCAAUGGUGUUCGACCCAUUCACUGGGGUCACAACAGGACUCCUCUCAUUCUCUCUAUCAGCCCGAGUGCUGGCCGAGAUACUCCACUGUUACAAAGGAAAAAAAGCCUGCAGUUUCUCACAUGCGCCCCCUGCCUUUCUGGAGAGGAACUACGGGAUUGUGGUGGAGAAUGGGGGCAAUGGUGUUCGGCUCAUUCACUAGGGUCACAACAGGACUCUUCUCAUUCUCUCCAUCAGCCCGAGUGCUGGCUGAGAUACUGCACUGUUACAAAGGAAAAAGGGAACAGUAUUAGGAACAUUGUUUUGGUUGUUGGCCUGCUACCCAAGGCAAAUGCUCCAGGACUGCCGGUCAGGACCCUGUGCCUCACUGUUACACGCUCAGAUAUUGACGGAUUCGUCUCUGUAUUUGACAAACCAAAUGAACCUACCCUCACAUGAGGAUGGGCUGUGUUUGGGUUCAGUCAUGGGCGGAUGUGACGUUAUCAUCUCCUUGUUUUGAUCUCUGAAUUUGCAGAGCCCUUUACUUUAAUUUGCUAAUGUGCCAUAAAGCUGUUUUUGUUUUUGUUGUUGUUUGAAUGCUAGGGCAUGAGUUGAGUUUUAGGGAGCACUGCGUGCGGUUUAGCCAUUUCAGUAGGUGAAGCACUACAGAUGUACAAAAAUAGACCUCCUUACCUCAUUAUUUUAACUAAAUUUCCCCUAACCAAGAUGAAAAGGUGCGCCCUGUAAAGUUUGUGUUGUGAUCACGGACGUUUCGUUGAAAUGCUGCGAUCAUGGCGGAUUAUUUAUCUGACACUGAAUAAAAGGAGCUCAAGAUUGUGUUUGUGUUACAUCAGCCCACAUUUCGUUCCUCGUAUUUUUUUUUUGAGGGGGGGAAACAAGCGUUCUGUUUGAGUGAAUUGAAAUCAGAAUUAUUUAUGAUGGAUGUGUGAUGUGAAGGUUACGUUUUGCCCACAAGUUGUUUUCUUCAUAAGAUUUCCUCUUGUUUCCUGUGUGUUUGUUAAUUCCGUUAAAGAGAGAUCGCCUUUGCGUUCUUAACUAAAUUGACUUUUUUAGUGCUUUGAAAUGCCGCACUUUUCCUGAUAACAUUCAUAUUCGCCAUAGGGAUGGCAAGCACAUCAGAUACAUUAAUUGACAUUUUACAUAAUUCUCAUAAACAAAGGUAAACACCCUUAGGUUGAUCGAAUGUUUAUAUGAAAAUCUUCCACUUGAGAUCAAUCCAAUCGUUUUGGCAAAACUAGGACUGAAAGUGAAGCGAACUAUGAGCAAAAAGUGGUGGACGACAUUGCAUCCGUGUUAAAGACUGCACCAACUUUUCUUUCCUUGUUUUUGUUUGGGAAAGCUAGCGUUCCAUUGAAUCAGAAUUAUUAAUGAUGGAUGUGUGAUGUGAAGGUUACAUUUCGCCCUCAAGUUGUUGCUUUCUUCAUAUGAUCUCCUCUUUGUUUUGUGUGUGUUUGAUUUCAGUUUGUUUAUUCCGUUGAUGAAAGGUCAUGCUCAUAGUCGCCUUUGCGUUCUUCACUAAAUUGACCUUGUUAAUGCUUAGAAAAACCGCACUUUUCAUGAAAACAUUCAUAUUUGCUAUAGGGAUGGCAAGCAGAUCAAAUAUACUUAUUCAAAUUUAAGAUAAUUUUUGUAAACAAAGAUAAACACUCUUGGAUUGAUCAAAUUGUUUAUAUGAAAAUCUCCCACUUACGAUCGGUCCAAUUGGUUUUGUCAAAACUGGGACUUAAAGUAAAGCAAACUGUGAGGAAAAAAUGGUGGACGACAUCCCAUCUGUGCUAAAGACUGCGCCCAAUUUUCAACCCAAUUUUUGUUCCUCGUUUUGUUUGGGAAAGCAAGCGUUCCAGCGGAAUGUAAUCAGAAUUAUUAAUGAUGGAUGUGUGAUGUGAAGGUUACAUUUCCCCCUCAAGUUGUUGCUUUCUUCAUAUGAUCUCCUCUUGUUUUGUGUGUUUUUUUGAUUUCCGUUUGUUUAUUCCGUUAAUGAAAGGUCAUGCUCACAGACGCCUUUGCGUUCUUCACUAAAUUGACCUUGUUAUUGCUUAGAAAUACCGCACUUUUCAUAUUCGUUAUAGGGAUGACAAGAAGGUCAAAUUUAUUUGUUCAAAUUUUAAAUAAUUCUUGAAAAACAAAACAAUCUCUUGGGUUGAUCGAAUGUUUAUGAAAAUCUCCUACUUGCAAUCAAUCCAAUUGGUUUUGGCAAAACUAGGACUUAAAGUAAAGCCAACUAUGAGAAAAAAAUGGUGAACGACAUUGCUGCUGUGUUGAAGACUGCGCCCAAUUUUCAACCCGAUUUUUGUUCGGUUUUUUGGGGGGGGGGGGGAGCAAACGUUCUGUUCCAGUGGAUUGAAAUCAGAAUUACUUAUGAUGGAUGUCUGAUGUGAAGGUUACGUUUCGCCCACAAGUUGUUGAUUUCUUCAUAUGAUCUCCUCUUGUUUUGUGUGCGUGUUUAAUUUUCGUUUGUUUAUACCGUUAAAGAAAGGUCAUGCUAACAGACGCCUUUGCGUUCUUCACUAAAUUGACCUUGUUAAUGCUUUGAAAUGCCGCACUUUUCAUAAAAACAUUCAUAUUUGCCAUAGAGAUAGCAAGCAGAUCAAAUAUAAUUAUUAACAUUUUAAUUCUCGCAAAUAAAGAUAAACACUCUUGGGUUGAUCAAAUGUUUAUAUGAAAAUCUCCCACUUGCGAUAGGUCUGAUUGGGUUUUGCAAAACUGGGUCUUCAAGUAAAGUAAACUGUGAGAAAAAAAUAGUGGAUGACAUCGCAUUCUUCCGAGUUUUCAACCCAAUUUUCGUUCCUCUCUUUUUUUUUUUUUUUUUUUGGGAAAGCAAGCGUUCUAGUGAAUUGAAAUCAGAAUUAUUUAUGAUGGAUGUCUGAUGUGAAGGUUACGUUUUGCCCACAAGUUGUUGAUUUCUUCAUAAGAUCUCCUCUUGUUUCUUGUGUUUGUUAAUUCCGUUAAUGAAAGGUCAUGCUCACCGUCACCUUUGCGUUCUUCACUAAAUUGACUUGUUAAUGCUUUGAAAUGCCGCACUUUUCAUGAAAACAUUCAUAUUGGCUAUAGAGUUGGCAAGCAGAUCAAAUAUAUCUAUUCAAAUUUUAGAUAAUUCUCGCAAAUAAAGAUAAACACUCUUGAGUUGAUCAAAUGUUUAUAUGAAAAUCUCCUAUUUGCAAUCAAUCCAAUUGGUUUUGGCGUAACUGGGACUUAAAGUAAAGCAAACUGUGAGGGAAAAAAAUGGUGGACGACAUCGUAUCCGUGUUUAAGACUGCUCCUGCUUUGGAAACCCAUCAUAAAAUGGACUAAUAGGUGCAUAUGGAACGCUGUUAUUUAUGAUUUUUAAAAGGGAAGGAAAACGUAUGAGUAACAGUAUUAUCUAUGAAAGGAUGUUAGCAGUCCUUGUGCACAGUUACUGUUAACGGAUUCAUGUACCGGCAAGUUUUCUCUGCUACUCUUUGUUUCAGUAUCUCACUGUAUACAAUAAAAGGCAUAAAAGAAG